CUCUAUUUCUUCGAAGGACACAGAGCCAGAAGUGCUCUUUUCCCUGCCAGGACCUGUAGGUUAGUCCCAUCAGCCCUUGCGCGCCACCGUACCCUCUCUUCCUCGGCGUUGCCUACGGAGGUGUCAGCUGUCUCCGACUCGGCGCCAUGGCAGCCCUCAGACCCCUCGUGAAGCCCAAGAUUGUCAAAAAGAGGACCAAGAAGUUCAUCCGGCACCAAUCAGACCGAUAUGUCAAAAUUAAGCGCAACUGGCGUAAACCCAGAGGCAUCGACAAUAGGGUGCGGAGAAGGUUCAAGGGCCAGAUCUUAAUGCCCAACAUAGGUUAUGGAAGCAACAAAAAGACAAAGCACAUGCUGCCCAGUGGCUUCCGAAAGUUUCUGGUACACAACGUCAAGGAACUGGAGGUGCUGCUGAUGUGCAACAAGUCUUACUGUGCAGAGAUCGCUCACAAUGUCUCCUCCAAGAACCGAAAGGCCAUCGUGGAAAGAGCAGCCCAGCUGGCCAUCCGAGUUACCAAUCCCAACGCCAGGCUGCGCAGUGAAGAAAAUGAGUAGAUGGCUCACUUGCAUGUUUAUUUGUGCUUAAAUAAAACUGUAAGAACUGCCA